AUGACUGGCGUCACCAACAACACCAUUGCCCUUAUGCUUGUGGCACUCCUCUCCGUGCUCGUCACGUCCGUCCGUUCUGCGGCCAACUACGACACCGCCGCCGCCAGAUCCUACAACUCCGGCUGGCUCCCCGCCAAGGCCACCUGGUACGGAGCGCCCACCGGCGCCGGCCCCAACGACAACGGCGGUGCUUGCGCGCGGCUUCACAACAACCAGUACGCCUUCUCCUCCAUGACGUCCUGCGGCAACGAGCCUCUGUUCGACGGCGGCGCAGGCUGCGGCAGCUGCUAUGAGAUCCGAUGCGUCGCCGCCAACAACCCUUCCUGCUCCGGCCAGCCGAGGAGGGUGGUCAUCACCGACAUGAACUACUACCCCGUGGCUAGGUACCACUUCGACCUUAGUGGCACGGCGUUCGGGGCCAUGGCCAAGAACGGCCUCAACGACAAGCUCCGCCACGCCGGCAUCAUCGACAUGCAGUUCAGGAGGGUGCGCUGCAACUUCCCGGGCAUGAAGGUCACCUUCCACGUCCAGCGCGGCUCCAACCCUAACUACCUCGCGGUGCUCGUGGAGUACGCCAACGUGGACGGGACCGUGGUGCGGAUGGAGCUCAUGCAGACCAGGAACGGCCGCCCCACGGGGUCCUGGGAGCCGAUGCGCCGCUCCUGGGGAUCCAUCUGGCGGAUGGACACCAGCCGCCCGCUGCAGGGGCCCUUCUCCAUGCGCAUCACCAGCGACUCCGGGAAGACGCUGGUGGCCAACAAUGUCAUCCCGGCCUAUUGGCGGCCGGACAAAGCCUACUGGUCCAACGUCCAAUUCUAUUGA